GAGCGUUCCCCUUCGAUCCUCGAUCUCGCAAACAGAGGACGAUGGGGGGGUUUCGUCAUCGAGAGACACUCCUGCUGGCAGAACAGUAUAUAACAGCGGACCUCGAUCGACCUACCGACAUCAUCAUACUCUUCUCACAUUCCACAUCAAUUACGACUUUCCUAUUUCACGUAACCCCACACAAAUACAAACACACUAAAACCAACAAUGCAAGCCGUACUCGACCCCAUCAUUGGACCCGCCAAGCCUGAGCUUGGUGACUUGUCUGGCAAGUCCGCCAUUGUCACCGGAGGAGCCGAAGGAAUCGGUGAAGAAGUCUCCCUCGCCCUCGCCCUCGCUCACUGCCGAGUGGUCAUGAUCAACCGAAAGGAAUACCAAGGAGACGAGGCCAUCCAGCGUAUCAAGGAUGCCGCCGCCAAGGCUGGCGUUCAGGACGUCCAGAUCGAAUGGAAAGGGUGUGAUUUGGGGGACUUUAACCAGGUGAAGGAGGUCUUUGGAGGGUUGGCCAAGUCGGAGCCUAGGUUGGAUUUCCUCAUCUUGUCGGCUGGUAUCAACUCGAACCAGUACGGCCUCGCUGCCUCCGGCAUCGACAGGCACAUGUCCGUCAACGCCAUCGGUCACUACUACGCCAUCAACCUCCUCUACCCUUUGAUCAGGAAGACUUCCAAGUUGCCUGGCGCUUCGGCUCCCAAGAUCAUCUUCGAGUCGAGUGAGAUGCACAGGAUGGCCAGGAGCGACGUCCACUUCGGGUCGGUCGAGGAGUUGAACAACCCCGAGUUGGGACCUGUCGAGCUGUACGGAAGGACCAAGCUUGCCAUGAUCCUCUACUCGCGAUCGAUCGCUGAGAAGGUCAUCAAGCCCAACGGCGACAACGUUUACGUCCUCGCUGUCCACCCUGGUGCCGUCAACACCAAGAUGCAGGAGCAAUGGCAAGACUCCUACCCCGGACUGGUGGGUAAGAGUAUCGAGGCUGUCACCGAGUUCUUCGGAAGGUCUCCCGAACAGGGAGCUCGAUCGGCCUUGUGGUGCUGCACCGCCCCCGAGAUCAUCGAGAACAACUACCAGGCCGCUUACGUCCAGGACGUCAAGAAGGUCGGUGGGGAGACCAAGCAAGCCCAGGACAAGUACCUUGCCCAGGCGCUUUGGGAGUUGAGCGAGAGGAUCAUCAAGGACAAGGUCGGACAGGACGCUUUGACCUCGUGGGACCGUUAAAUCGGCACCCGAUCGUCGUUACGCGUCUCCGUGGUGUGGUGACCGCAUCGACUCGUAGAGGGAUGGUAUAGCAAGCGAGUAGCGAACGGAUAUAUACAAGUGUAGCCAAACUUAUGUCUAGGAUCGAAUAUCAAUGAACGUGUUUCAAUGCCAUGCGGA